UAUCUUUCUCUCUCCCCAUCCCAUUUGUCUGAAAUCUAUCUCUCGUGAAUUCACUCGUUCGUUCACCCGUUUCACCUGUACAAACAUUUAAAUCUCUCUCUCUGCUACAAACGACAAUUAAUUCGCCAUAUAAAUAGAUUUAGCUCGGGAGAUUUGUCUUCCGAGCACGAUGAUAUCGAUCCCAAUGACUUACCGCCAGCGGCACGUCCCAUACAGGAACAACCGACAAAACCUGUGGGUGCUGCGGCUGGCGGUGGACCACCAGCCAUGCCACCACCACAACCCCCAGGAGCAGGGGCCAUACCACCACAGCCUCAGGGUGCGGCGCCAGAUUUCUCGUUGAGUUUUGGCAAAAAUACGGCUACUACUGCUGCGGCUGCGACAACAGCAGCAGCGACUGGAGCAGCGGUACCACCUCGUGGCGUAAGUGCUCCCACUAGUCCAGCUAAGUCACGUGAGAGCUUGUUGCAACGUGUUCAAAGUUUGACAGGGGCAGCACGAGACCAAGGCGCUUCGAUAUUGGGUGCCGCUGUUCAAAGUGCCACACGUUCGCCGGCAUUCAACAAAGAUAAAUAUUUUACUUUGUUGGUACUGGAUGACCACAAUACAGACUGGUCGAAAUAUUUCCGUGGCAAACGUUUGCAUGGCGAUUAUGACAUACGUGUCGAACAAGCUGAAUUUAGGGAUAUCACUUUGCAUGCUAGUGCAGAAUCUGGUCCUGUGGUCACAAUGGAAGUUUAUAGAGGUGAUUCAAGGAUUCCUCGCAUGUUCCGACCAGAUUUUGUGCUCAUACGUCAACCACCACGGGAUGGCUCCAAUGAUUAUCGUUCUACAAUUUUGGGCUUGAAAUAUGGUGGAGUGCCCAGCAUUAAUUCAUUACAUUCCAUCUAUCAAUUCCAGGAUAAACCCUGGGUUUUCGCACACUUGCAACAACUGCAACGUCGCAUGGGCAAGGAUGCCUUUCCACUUAUCGAACAAUCCUUCUUUCCCUCGGCCAAAUAUUUGCUUAAUUGGACAAAAUUCCCGUGUGUUUUGAAGGCAGGCCAUUGUCAUGGCGGUAUGGCUACGGCACGUUUUGAAAAUCAAAUGGGUCUGCAAGAUGCAGCCGGCCUUGUAACUGGCACCGGUUUUGAAGGCCAUUGCUAUUGCACUAUUGAACCAUACAUUGAUGCAAAGUUCGAUGUGCACAUCCAAAAGAUUGGCAACAAUUACAAGGCAUUCAUGCGCAAAUCCAUCACUGGCAACUGGAAAACUAAUCAGGGUUCAGCUAUGCUGGAACAAAUUACCCUAACUGAAAAAUAUAAAUCCUGGGUGGAUGAGAUCUCUGAACUUUUUGGUGGCAUGGAGGUAUGCGGAGUCUCCGUAGUCGUGGGCAAAGAUGGUCGCGAGUAUAUAAUCAAAGCCUCAGACAGUACAUUCGCUUUAAUGGGAGACUCGCAAGAAGAUGAUCGUAGACAAAUUUGUGAUCUGGUUACUUCUCGUAUGCAGAAUGUCUGUCGGCCCGGCAUGAACCAGCAAACGACUGGUGGUAACUAUGGUAAAUUACCAUCACGCUCUUCGGUGUCAUCGCGUGGCCAAAGUCCUACCGAUGAAAUGGGCCCACCUCCUGUGGCACCCACAGGACCCAGACCAGCUCCCAUGGGUGGACCACCACCAAUACCAGAGCGCACUUCACCUGCUGUCGGCUCAAUUGGACGUCUCAGCAGCCGCAGCAGUAUUUCGGAAGUUCCCGAAGAGAAUGGAGCUUCUACUGCCAGUGCUCCGGCUGGUGGUUUGACAAGACGUGAUUCCCAGACAUCACAGGCUUCGAAUAUAUCGUCUGCUUCCAGGGUCGGCCAACGUCCUCCGCAAACUCAGACCUCAGUAGUUGAGGAUGCGGAGGACACCAUGAAGAACCUUAGAAAGACCUUUGCGGGCAUAUUUGGUGACAUGUAGGAAUUAGCCAACAAAAAACGCGGAAGAACAGCGAGCGAAUCGGGUCAUAGCAUGACUGGUGAGAGCGGCAGCGGUAGUGGCAGUGCACCUACCACAGGCGUAGGUGGCAUAAGCGUCAGUGGUCUCACCAGUGCCGGUAGCUCGUUCUUGGGCAAGCAAUUCUCGUUUACAUCUGGAAAAUCGAGCACUUCGGCUUCGUCGGGUCUGGGUGAUUCUGUGAUCUCCACACAACCCUCACCGAAACCCGCCGAGAAACCGGUCGAUGCUCGUUCGGACACCUCGUCCACUUCCACACUCACAGCCGGCAGUGUGAGUUCCAGCAGCAAGCCCUCUUCCAGCGUUUUAGACACAUACGAACAGGAAUCUAAAUACAAACCAGUCACCAAUUUUGAGCCACAAGAGCGUGUCAAUCCCUUCGAUAAGGGUGCCAUGAAAACCAGCACGACCACCACAACCAUUGGAGGUGUCUCCACAACAUCUUCAUCUUCGAUUUCUUCGUCGUCUAUUUCCUCGCGCAUAAAUGCUCGUACGGACAGCACUUUCAAGUCGCCGCCACCACCAUCAAGACCACCGCCACCACCUCCUCAAAAUGCAUCGAUUGCUACUAAUUCCAGUACCACCUAUCAGAGUUCGACGGCUUCUAACAAGGACAAGACCAGCUACAUCUAUGGCAGUUCCACUUCCAUCGAAACCAUAACACGCAUGGACACAACAACAGCUACCGGUAAUACGGUAAGCAAUGCCACAGCCUCCACCAGUCUGGGCUACAGCAGCCAGAGUCCUACAAACACCAAGUUGAGAAAUGACCCAGCAAACACCAGCAGUGACUGGAGAACUGCUAUCACUGCUCCGUUAAGCACUGGCAUACGAUCGGCCAGCGUUUACAGUGCCCCGGCAGCGGUCACCCUACCAGCCACCGCUAGUGAAGAUGCUCAAUCAACAGCAGCCGCCUCGAAUGGUUACAAUGCCACAACUGAAUUGCCGUCGUACACACGACCCUCGUACUCAAGAUCCGAAAGCAAUGGCUCCAACAGCAUGAAUAAAAGCUCAGAUUUGGAUAUAAUAUUUGGCGACAGCCAGCCUCCCUUGGGCAAUGGCAAAUUUACACGAUCCGGCGGUUCACUCUCCGAUGCCGAAUUGAUUUUCGGCACACCCAGUUCUGCCUACAAGACCGAUCGUUUUGGUACUUCCAAGAGUAUGAGUGUAACAUCCGAUCGCACCAGCAGUUAUGGCCCAACCAAUAGCACUGCUAACAACUACAAAAUCUAUGAGGGCAUACAAAAUGCCGCCUUUAGUGAUUUUAGUGAUGUGAAAACAACCGACAGCAACAGCAGCAUACCAGCGUAUAACAGUUGGCGGAAUAGCAACAAACAUUUAGAGGAAGAGGAUGAUUUAGAUUUAAAAUAAGCAAACGAAAAUAAUUAAAAC